UUCCCGCGCCCGCUGGCGCCCAACGUCAUCGAGAUCGGAGGCAUGCACGUCUGUUCACCUCGCACCCUACCACAGAAUUUACAAGAAUUUUUUGAUAGUGCAACGGAUGGUGCGAUACUGUUCAGCCUGGGCUCCAACAUCAAAAGCUCUCAGAUGCCUGACGAGAAGCGGGCGGCUUUUCUGACAGCCUUUUCCCAGCUCAAGCAGAGAGUUCUGUGGAAGUGGGAAACCGAGGACCUCCCGGGGAAGCCAGAGAACUUAAAGGUGUCCAAGUGGUUGCCGCAGUCAGAUAUACUGGCUCACAAAAACAUGAAGCUGUUCAUCACGCACGGUGGACUCGGCAGCACGCUGGAGGCCGUGCACCACGGGGUGCCCCUGAUUGGAGUCCCCGUGUUCGCCGAUCAGGACAGCAACAUGAUCAGGGCGGAGCAGCACGGCUACGCCUUGAGGCUUCAGUUCAGCAACAUCACUGCUGACACACUUCUGUGGGCGAUCACGGAAGUACUUGAUAAUCCCAGGUACCGGCAGCAGGCGCAGCAGCUGUCGCGCGUGUUCCACGACCGGACCCGCGCGCCGCUGGAGGAGGCGGUCUUCUGGACGGAGUACGUGGUGCGCCACGCCGGCGCCCCCCACCUGCGCUCCGCGGCGCUCCACCUGCCCUGGUACCAGCUCUGGCUGCUCGACGUGGUCGCCGCCGUGGUGGCGGCCGCCGCAGCGGUGCUGGCGCUACUGGCUCUGGCUGUCAAGGCUGCCGCCGACAGGUUAUCGAGCAAAAGGCUGGCAGCGGCUCCGCGCAGAGCCGCCAUCGUGGAUUCAAAGAAGCACAUGUGA